UUCCUCCCGUCAGGUGCAGAGAGUUUCUCGAACAUUCAUCCUUUCUUUUGUUGAGCUUUCUGCGUUACUACGAUAUGUCUUACUCAAGGAGGUCAAGAUACUCUCCCUCACUAUCCCCUUACGACAAGCGUCGUGGGAGGUCUGUGUCAAGGUCUCUCUCUAGAAGCCGCUCCAGGAGUGUCUCAAGCGAUGCAGAGAAUCCUGGUAACAGUUUAUAUGUGACUGGGUUGUCUCACCGGGUUACGGAACGAGAUCUGGAGGAUCAUUUCUCUAAAGAAGGAAAGGUAACUGAUGUUCACCUUGUCCUUGAUCCAUGGACUAGAGAGCCUCGUGGUUUUGGUUUUAUCUCCAUGGAGACUGUUGGUGAUGCUAAUCGCUGCAUCAGACAUCUUGAUCACUCUGUUCUUAUGGGCCGCGUCAUUACAGUUGAGAAGGCGAGACGUCGUAGAGGACGUACCCCAACUCCAGGAAAGUACUUGGGGCUGAGAGCCGCUCGAGAACGGCGUCGGUCUCCUAGCUACUCUCCCCGAAGGUCUAGUAGCUAUUCUCGUAGUCGCAGUCGAAGCUACUCUUCUGAUCGUAGCAGAUCUUAUUCUCCUAGCCAACGGAGGAGCAGAAGAUCACUGUCCAACUCACCCUACUAUAGGCGGGGAAGAUCAUACUCUUAUUCGAGAUCUCCUCGUUACUACAGGAGACGUGACAGAUCAGAAUCACCUUACUACAGGAGGCGGUACAGGUCCAGGUCUUACUCUCCUGACUACAGAGCACGGGACAGAUCAUACUCACCCUACUACAGGGGGAGGUACAGAUACAGGUCCAGAUCCAGGUCAUACUCGCCUCACUACAGAGCACGUGACAGAUCAUACUCACCUUACUACAGGGGAAGAGACCGGUCCUAUUCGCCUUACUACAGAGGGAGAGACAGGUCUUACUCUCCUGAAAGUCGUUACUACAGAAGGUACAGGUCGGCAUCGAGAAGCGUGAGCCCUGUGAGGAGAAGCAAGUCACGGAGCUUGUCCCCUAAGAAGGGAAGGAAAGGGAGCAGGAGCAAGUCUCACAGGCGGGACAGCCCAUCUUCAAUGAACCAUUCGAGGAGCGCAAGAUCAAGCACCUCCCCAUCAGUCAGCCCGUAAUAAAUAAUUGUUCCAAUCCUGCCUUUGCUUUAGUGUUGACACAGUCACUCACAUUACGUGUGUUGUAAUAAAUAGUAAAGUUCCUACUACUUGUGUUCGGGUAUUGUGAUGAACAGAAUGGUGUCCGUAUUUUGUGAACUUAUGAUGGUUUGGUGUUGAUGUUAUUUAUCAGGUCACAAUCUUUGUAAACUCCUUGUGUUUGUCAUCUCUGAGUCGCAUGAGAAUUAUUUUCUUCUUUACAGCUCGAAGGCUGUUUGCCGUUGCUACCAUUGUUCUACUUUUUAUGUUCUGCGAGAACAAUUGAAUGGAUUGGAUUGUAGUG